AAAGAAUACGGUGUGCUAGGAUCCCUGUAAAAAGAAGCAUAACAUCUACUAUACUGUGCUGUAAAGAUCAAGGAAUGAAAUGUUUGUCAAAAUGGCUUCACCUUUCCAGAAAACAGAAGCAUUAGCAACUUUGACAGCAAAUUACACUGAUUCAGAAGGAGAAGCAGAAUCAGAUAAGGAAGAUACAUUCCUGUCCAAGAAAGAAGAGAUAAAACCACCUGCUAGUAAGGAGAGCACUCCACGAUCAACAAGUGAAAUGUCUACCUCAAGCAUUCAAGACAAGAGGCCAAUAUCUAAAUUAGUUUCAUAUAUUGGAGAAAUGGAAGAGGAAGAUGAAGAAAUGGAAGAGGAAUACUUAGAGAAAGGUGACUCCUCAGAUGAAGCAAGCAGAAAUGUGGUUUCUGAGUCAGAUGAGAAGUCAAAUGAAGACAGUAGGAAGUCCAUUAAACCAGACCUUGGAAAGAAACCUAUGUCCCCUAUUUCAUUUCAUAGAACAUUGUUGGACAUGGACCCAGGUGAUAUUGAAAUUCCUGCAGAGCCCCCAGGACGAUGUUCAAAUACUUUGCAAGAAAAAAUUGCUCGACUGUAUGAAAAGAAGCUCCGUGAAGAAAAAGACAUGAAUAUAUCAAUACAAGGAAGAAAAGAUUUUAGAAAUCCAAGUAUAUAUGAAAAACUAAUUGCAUUUUGUGGCAUUGAUGAAAUGGGAACAAAUUAUCCACCUGAAAUAUAUGACCCUCACAAGUGGGGACCUGAAUCAUUUUAUGAAGAAUUAGCUAAAAGGCAAAAAGAAGAAAUGGACAAGAAAGAAAAAGAAAGGAAAGAAAGAACAAAGGUUGAGUUCAUUUCUGGCACAGCAAAGAAGCCCAGUGAUCAGCCUGCAGUUACAGAAAAACGGAAAAGUAAGUGGGAUGUUGGAGCUGGUCCUGUUGGGAUUGCUGCUGGAGUUAUAAAACCCACGACCAUAAUGCCACCAGCAGUUGUUCCUGUUUCUGCUGCCACGGGAACAAAGCCCACAGUGAUUUCAGCAUUUGGGACAAUAACAAAAAAAGCUAAACAAUAAUGUUACUGAUAUUAUUUUACAUUGAUUUGUGAAGAAUGACAGCUGUGUGAACCAUCUGGUGAACUGUGAAAUACUUCAUUAAACUGUGUUUUGAAAAGUCUUCAUCACUCUGUUAUUUUUAAAUCAUGUGUGUGUAUAGUUAAGUGGGCAUAAAAAUCUUUAUUUGAAUUUAA